AUGAGUUGUUUCACUGCAGUAGUUUGUUCUGUAUUAAUUUAUUGAUGUCGUCUUGUAGGUAAACCAGCAUAUGAAAUGGAUGAGUCCAAUCCUGACUGGGCUCCAACACUGCACCUGGGACACUCUGAAGUGCGUGCUAGCAAAUCAGACCGGUAUUCUCGCCGAUUACAACGACAACAAAUGACCGUGCCAGUAGCAGUAGACGACAGCGACUCUCAAAUGCAGGGAGAAACCACUGUAGAAGAUGAAGAAAAAAGAAAACCGGUGGAAGCAGCACAAGAAAAGGAAGGUGAUGACCAGGCAGAGGCAGAAGUGGCAGCAGAUGCGGGAGGUAGUGACCAUGCAGAGGUGGAAGCUGUAGAAGAUGAAUGUGGAGAAUUAGCGGAUGUGGAAGACGCAGAGGAUGAGGAAUGUGAAAACCCGGCAGAAGAUGAAACAACAGUUAAGAGACCAAGAACAGAGUGUCAGUUUUGUGAGCGCAACAGUGCAGAAAUCAACCGUCUGUUGCAGGAGAACAGGGAGCUUAGGAGUGAGCUGAACAAGAGAAAGAUGGAUGAGGAAUUUUUUAAGGGUAACACAAAUAAGGUCAGGUACUACACAGGAAUUCCAUGCUUUGCCAUUUUAUUGUCAGUGUUCACCAAUGUUAAGCCUUUCCUGCCAGUUAACAAAAAGUUGUCAUCCUUUCAAAUGCUUUUGUUGACACUCAUACGUCUGAGGCUUGAUCUUCCUGUACAGCACCUUGCCCAUCUCUUUAAUGUUUCGCGUACAACUCUUUCCACUGCCUUUACUGACACCAUAGAUGUUUUGAAUGCACGGCUUAAUCCAUUGGUGUGCUGGCCAGAGAGGCAUUGCUUGCAAGCUACAAUGCCACAUCAAUUUUUGGAAGCUUUUGGGAAACGUGUUGCUAUUAUAGUCGACUGCUUUGAAAUACGCACAGAAAGGCCAUCAAAUCUAAAGGCACGUGCACAGGCCUUUUCUCAUUACAAGGGUACACACACCAUUAAAUACCUCAUUGGUAUUACACCACAAGGUGCUGUAUCAUUUAUUUCCAAGGGAUGGGGUGGGCGUGCCUCUGACAAGCAAAUAACUGAAAACUGUGGCUUUCGUAACAAACUCUUACCUGGUGACUUGGUACUAGCUGAUCGAGGCUUCGAUAUCAAGGAUAGUGUGGGGAUGAUGUGUGCAGAGGUCAAAGUUCCUGCGUUCACUAAAGGAAGAUGUCAGCUCGACGCUAAGGCUGUGGAAAACACACGAGCGAUAGCACACCUGGGGAUUCAUGUUGAAAGGGUGAUUGGCAGUAUGCGCAACAAGUACACAAUGAUACAUAAGAGAAUACCAAUUAGUAUGUUACUGCCAUGUGAGGGGGAGGAUAUGACACUUCUUGACAAGAUAGUGAAUGUUUGCUGUAUACUUCUUAACAUGUGUCCCAGUGUGGUUGUAAAACCAGAUGAAAAUGAAAAAUGUGCAUGUUUAAACUGUUUCAUUUUAAUGUUGUAUAUAUGUAUAUUACAGUUGUUGUAA